AUGAAAGGCGUUGCCAAAUCUGUUGUUUAUUGGCCAGGGUUGGACAAAGACAUAGAAGAAGUAGCAAAGGCUUGUGAUGAAUGUGGACAAUUGGCAAACGAACCAACGAAAUUUGCGGGACAUCAUUGGCAAUAUCCGAGAGGGCCAUGGGAACGUAUCCACAUUGAUUAUGCAGGUCCCUUUGUUGGAAGAAUGUUACUGGUGGUUACUGACGCAUACAGUAAAUGGAUUGAAGUUAAGAUAACUUCAUCGACCUCAUCAGCAGCCACGAUUGAUGCCUUAGUCGAGCUAUUCUCACACUCAACGGCGCAAGGAUCAAUCGACAAUUCGGAUGACGAGAACAUAGUUACAAGUGAUCAUUCUCUGGGAGAGAUUGAACCUGAAGAAGCAACCCUGGAAGAUGGAUUUAUAAACCCGCAGUCCGAUUUUCAUGGAUUUACCAGUGGUAACAUUGAACGUACUUCAAAUACACCCCAGCAAGAACCUUGUACCAAGGAUGAUAACAAUGGACAAAUGUAUCUGAGUGAAUGGUUGCAGUUAGCAGCCGUACAUCCCUAA